CCAACAGUAACCGCACCGACAAACGCGUAUAUAUAAACAAAGAAAAAGUAGAAGCCAUGGCUGUGAGAAACAUAGGGCUGAAAAAUAUCGAUAACUCUGCCACAUUCAGAGACUGACACUUGAAUCUGCAUUACGAAAAGAAUUUAAUACUUUGCGCCAUUUCCCCAAAAUUAUAUUUCUAAUUGAUUGAACCGGUAUAAGAAAGUUUGUUUUGUUCAUUAUUCAUCUUGGCGUUAAAAUGGACUAUAUAAAACUGCAAGAUGAGGUGAAGGCUUUAAAGUAUUUGGGAGAACACUUGGAACAGAUUCUGAAACUCGUUAACUUUGAGGUUUGCGACUUGCCAAACGAUGUUUUAAUGUUGCUGGACAAAUGUGUUGAAAUUCAAGCAGACGGAAAUCUAAACGAACUUAACUUAAAUUAUUUACGCGAAUUUUACUAUACGAAGAAGCGCGAGGAUAUCGAGAGCAAGCUAACUGUGGCCCAGCAGGCAGGAAAGUUAAAAAAACUUCAGAUUUCAAAAGAAGAAACAGAAAAAGACAUUGCAUCAUUAGAAAGAUUUACAACAACAGUUAGUAAUCGCGUGACCACGAUGGCUGUCCAACAGCAAAUCAAUGAAAUCGAGGGUAAGUCUAAGGCUCUUGUGGACAGACAAAAGGGCCUCAAAGUGCCAGAUGAUUUCAACAUUGAGACGGUUAUCGAGAAGAUCGAUUUGCUAGAGCAAAAGAAAUAAAUCCUUUUCGUUUUUGUAUAAAAAUGAUUUUAAUAUGUUUUUAUUUAAUCAGUUGAUUCAAAAAAAUUACCAUAACACAAAAUCAGCAAAUCUAAAAUAAUCGAGCUUUAACUUUUCGCUUAGGUUUACAAAUAGAAAAACUUUAUGCAUGCAAAAAAA